AUGGAAUGGAAUUUGGGGAAAUUUGGUACCCCUUUUCGGAAAGAGAGCUUCAGCUUUAAGAUAUUGGCCGGUGGAGUGCUUUAUUUAUUCCUUUCGUUGGGAUUUGUUAUUCACCGCUCUACCAAAAACCCAACAUCUAGAUGUAAAAGCUGUCCUCUCGCCUUCAUCGUCGUUACCACCACCUUCUCCUCCGUCGCUGCAGAUUCAGGAACACCAUCUUCGCCAUCACCUCCUAUACUUCCACCAAAUCCACCACCACCACCAAACGACAUCAACGAGAAACUAACUUCUUUCUUAAAGACCUUUUUGCAUCAAUUUAGGAACAGACAAUUAAAAUCGUCAUUAGAAGUUGAUGAUGGUGGUGGUGGAGGAAGAUACCAGAUCUAUAAUGAUGGUGGUGGCGGCGGCGAUGAAGGAGAAAAUGAUGGUGAUGGUGGUGGUGGUGGAAGAUAUCAGAUCUAUAAUGAUGGUGGUGGCGGCGGCGACGACGGCGGCGAUGAAGAAGAUAGAAGAAAUGAUGUAAUUGAUGAUGGAGAUUGUGGUGGUUCUGGUUGGAAUGAUGGUUGUGGUGAGGAUAAAAUAUUAAUUUUGUUGAUGGGGAUAAUGUUGUUGACACCUAAUUUUGAUGACGACGGUGAUGGCGUCGGCGAUGGUGGUGGCGGUGGUGGCGGCCGCAGCGGCGGCAGCACCAGUUACGGCAUCAACAAUGUAAGCGGUGGUGGCGUCGGUGCUGUUGGCGGUGGUAAAAUUGUGGCGGUGGUGGAUGUGAAGUAA